UAUGUUUUGUAGAAGAAGUAAAGCGGGAUGUUUUAGCUCAAACUGGCCUCUGACAGCAUGAGAUGACAUGGAUAGUGUAACGACGGAUUCAUGUGCGGCUGAGGAGGAAGAAUAUUCCGACUGGAAGGUUUUGUGUUUGAAGAGAGUCGGAGGAAAUUCUGACUGGCUUCUCUUGUUCGAAAAUGCCGAGAUCACCGUUGGACGUGGUUUGGACGUCACCUACCAGCUGCUGUCUUCAGUUUGUCCCCUCAUGAUCUCCAGACUACAUUGUGCCUUCAAACAAAAAGAAGACGGCCAGUGGACAGUGAUAGACAAGAAGAGUCUCAACGGCGUGUGGGUGAAUGGACAUCGAAUAUCUGCUGAUGAACCCCAUCUGCUCCGGCUUGGAGACUCCGUACAACUUGGAGUUCCUUUAGUAGGAACCAAAGUAGAGUUUGACUACAUCCUCACCCACCAGCUGCUCAAAGACAUUAAACCCUACCUGGCUAAAAGACACAAAGAUUGUGCCAUAGCACCUCAAAUUCUCAAGAAGUUCAAGAGGAAAUUGACUGUGGAGGAUGUUGAACCUUCUACCUCAAAACCUAAAAUGUACCGCAGCUCUUCGGCGGGGGAUUCUUUAGUAAAGCCCUGCCGUCUGACUCCGGUGCAACAUCUGCAACGACUCGGUAGCACACAGCCGGAGGAGAAAAACCCAAGCAGACAAAUCGUAAAAGAGCAUAGCUCUGAUGGCCCCAGCUCUCCCUGUGACCUGGACUACCUGCAGAGGUACAGCCAGAAUAUUCUCCUCUUAAGGGAGCAGGUGGAUGACACCCAGAGGCAGGUAGCAUUUCUUGAAGGAGAACCCAGACAGGUCAACCUUCUGCGGGGGGAACAGGUCCGAGAGCUGCAGGGUCAGCUGGAGACGCUCCGAGCCAAAAUGCACCAGAUGGAGACACUGGAGAGAUCCUUCAGUGAAGCUAAGAGGCAGCUGGAGGAGCAGAAAACACAACAACAAGAGGAGCUCAUGAAAAAACAGCUUGAAGAAGCCUUACAAGAGCAAAAGAAAGUGAUAGGUGAACUUGCUCUCUCCCGGCAAGGCUUUGAAGAAAUUCUCUCAGCCAAAAACAAAGAACUAGAAGUAACAAAGGAGGAAAAAGAAAAGGCGAAGGCCCAAAAAGACGAGGUAGUUACACAAGUCACCGAAGUCCUGGAGAACGAGCUUCAGUGCAUCAUCUGCUCAGAGCUCUUCAUCGAGGCAGUGAACCUGAACUGUUCUCACAGUUUCUGCUGUUACUGCAUCAAUCAAUGGCGCAAGAAGAAAGACGAGUGUCCCAUCUGCCGACAGGCCAUCCAGUCCCAGUCUCGAUGUCUCGCUCUGGACAACUGCAUCGACCGCAUGGUGGAGAACCUGAGCCUGGACAUGAAGACCAGACGACAGACCCUAAUAACUGAGAGGAAAGCAGCAGAAGCUGCAGAGGUGAUGGUGAUCGACGAUGACGACAGCAGCGGCAGCGACGGGAGCAUGGUGUCUGUGUACGGCAGCCUCAGCUCCGUGGUCUCCGUGGACACGAACAGCAGCAUCUUUUUGGACUCUGAUGACUUUUCCUGGGAUUAGCCUUUCGUUAAGACUUCUUAUUUUGCCAAUUCCGGAAAAGUUCCCGACUCAACGAGGAUAAUUGAGCGAGUCCACUCGCAAAGUUUUGCUGAUGUUUGCGUCUUUUUCUAAAAUGAUUAGUUGUGUUUGUGUCUUUAUUUUC